UUCCAACUCAUCUUUUCACUCUUCCACUUCCAACCACGCCUUUAGACAUUUAUACGCGAAUCUGCCGUGAGCUUGAGAAUUAUUUAACAGUGUUAGAUUCCCGGCCAAUUUCAGAAAAUCUAAUUUAUGACAAUUAUUUCCUAAAACCUUCCUAACACAUUUUAUUUAUUUAUUUAUUUAUUAUUUUUUUAUUUAUUUACUUUAUCAUUUUUUAAAUCAUUUUUUAGUUAUUUUUAUAGAUUUAACUGAAAUUUUAAUUUUUUCGACGGAAAUGCCAGAAUUCCGCUGGUUUAUCAAAUAUUUUACUAAUUAGUCUGUUGAUAAUUUUGAGUAUAGAAACAUGAAAAAUUUUAUAGCUGGAGAGGGGGAGAUGUGUCUGAGUAAUGCAGGAGAAAAAGAGAAGUAAAGUAACGCCCCAGUGCUCUGUUGUAACGCGGAAUUGGUUAGAAAUUGUUUAAAUUGUAAGAUGCAAAAAUGGGCAAAAAUUUUAGCGACGAUUGUUUGCUCAGCCCUGAGCGCACUAUUCUCAGGUCUAACCAUCGGCUACACGUCACUUGACCUCUUCCAACUCCACCUCUUAUCGCAGUUCACACCCACCACCAAGGAGGACUUCGUCAACCAGAAACGCGCACGAAGAAUCAUCCCCCUGAGGUCAGACCCCAACAACCUCAUGAUCGCACUCAUCGCCUGCAACGCCAUGAUCAACUCACUACUCGUACUCUUCGUCGGAGAACUCUUCGAAUUUGCGAUAGGAUUUGUGGUGUCAUCGUUGAUAGUGACGAUAUUUGGUGAGAUAUUUCCUCAGACGGUUUUCUUCCGUUAUCAGCUCCAGCUCUGUUCGUUCUUUGCGCCGCUGACUUUUCUGGUAAAGUACACUUUGUUCCCCAUAACUAAGCCCAUGUCAAUGUUACUAAACUUAAUUAUCGGGACAACGACUGAGGUAAUCUACAACAAGCAGCAGUGGAAGGCGCUGGUGGAUUUACAGCGCGAGUGCGGCGGAGUCCUAAGUGAGGAAGAGGCUAAACUGUUAAAAGGCUGUUUAAGCCUUAGUAAUGUGCAAGUUAACUCGAUCAUGACCCCCAUCGACAAGGUGUUUGGACUGGACAUUGACGCCGUGAUUACCACACCACUCAUACAAGAAAUCGCCAAAGAAGGCUACUCUAAAAUUCCCGUCAUGGAUAAAACAAAGUCACAACCCGUUGUAGCCAUUCUACUAGUCAAGGAUCUGCUACUCCUAGACACCAACAGCAGCUACCAACUCGACGAACUUUUAUCCACCAUAGGAAAGCCUGCGUAUGCGGUGGACCACGAUUUGGGGUUAUUGUCGGUGUUGAUGCACUUUAAGGAUGAUCAGACACACAUGGCAGUUGUGCGCCAAGUCGAAUAUCAAAACGAUUCCGACCCACUCUACAAACACAUUGGCAUCGUCACACUCAACGAUAUCUUCCAAAUCAUCAAUCAAGAUGAAUCGGGUGAGAUAGUGAUGACGACGGGUGAUUCGGUGGAGCGAUCUCGUCAUAGGAGUAGAAUAUUUAAGAUUUUGGAUAAUUUGAAGGACCCUCGGUCAUUUAACCUUAAUUCAAUUUUGGACAUUCUUCCAAUUGAAGAACCUGAAAACUUACUCAAACUUCUGAGUCUACCCGUCAACUCCGAUAAUCUGGACAAAAUUAACCAACACAGAAUUUACCUCAUUAAACCACAAGUCUUCCUACCCACCCAGUCACUCACCAUCAUUACCAAAGGUACGGUAACGGAUGAGGAUAACAAAUGUAAGUUUGAAGCGCCUUUUGUGAUUAACCGUCAGAAGGCGAAGUUAACGUUUGAAAAUGAAGUUUUUGUCACGCUCACAGAGUGCCACCUCAUACAAAUCAACCCCGACCUACUCAUCUCAACCACCAAACUCCCCAAACAACAUUACAUCACACACAACUCACAUGAGACACACCAUUCACAUGAGACACACAUUUCUUAACACACACACAACAAUUACAGAGUAACAAUAAUUGAAAGUAAAUUGUAUACUAUACUAAUGUGUAUAGUUGAUAAUAUGCUAUAAUAGUAUGAUAAUAUAUUAAUAACGAUAUGGGCUUUUGUAUUC